AAUGGCAAGAGCAUGUAUAUUGUGUAGGUCUUUAUGGAGUUGAGAGUUCAAAUGUAGCAGGUGUAGCUCCAAAUUGUGCUAUUCAGCCUCUGAUGGCAAAUGAUAGGGGUCUUGCUAAUAUCAUCCUGUGCUGGGCGAGCAUCGUGGCUCGGUAGUAGAAUUUGUAGAUUGGUGGAUGAAAGUUCCGGAGGUAUAGUAAUACGAAAAGUCAGAAACGAACCUAUAGUGGGGUGCUGCCAUAUCUGUAAUGGUGGAAUAUCAGAGGCAGUUACAUCGUGGAUAUGCCUAGGAAUGAAUGACUUUUAGAAGAGUAGUGAGAAUAGAGUGAAGGGUAUAUAAGCUUGUCCCGCAUAUGCAAACCACAACUCGGCAACCGUUUUCCCUGGUUACACCCGGACAGCGCCGAUAUCAAAUCCCAACUUACACAAAAAAAUUUCAGAUAUAUGUAAACCUUUUAAAGCAACACAUUUUACUUUGUGUAUAUUAUCUAUCUAUCUACCCAUCUAUCUAUCUAUCUAUCUAUUCCUCUUCUAUCACUUGUACGUAUCGUCUCCUUCAGGCUGGUUUCAUAGGCCACGGCAUUUUCAGAUGUCGACCGAUUCGCUGGUACCCGAAACUCGGGUGUUGGCCAUAGCAAGCCAUGUUACGUAUGGAUACGUCGGCAAUACGAUGGCAACGUUCGUCAUGCAGUCCUUAGGAUGCGAUGUCGCAGCGAUAAAUACCGUCAAUUUUAGUAAUCAUACCGGCUACACACAUGUGAAAGGCACGAAAUCUACUGCACAAGAGAUCUCGGCUCUCUACGAAGGCCUGAAGCUAAACUACCUGACCGAUUUCGAUGUCCUGCUGUCUGGAUAUGCACCUAGCGCAGCAGCUGUAGAGGCUGUUGGCGAAAUAGCCCUUGAUUUACGGCGGGGAUCCCGUGACAAACCCGGAUCAUUCUUUUGGGUUCUCGACCCGGUAAUGGGUGACCAAGGGCAGAUCUACGUGAAUGAGGAUGUGGUGCCCGCGUAUAAGAAACUCAUUCCUCAUGCUGAUUUAAUAUUGCCAAACCAAUUCGAGGCAGAACUCCUCUCCGGUAUAAAAAUAACAUCGCUCUCCACCCUCGCGGACGCCAUCACCACCCUACAUCGUACAUACAACGUCCCACACAUCAUCGUAACCUCCGUUCACUUCCCACCAAGCUCCUCAUCUGAUUCUUCAGCAAUAUCCUGCCCUACAAAAGCAGAAAGCGGCACCAUCAACCAAGACUCCCCCCGACAGGACACACUAACCAUAAUCGGCUCCACCGCACGCUCCGAUGGGAGCCCGCGCCUCUUCAAAAUCGAAGUCCCCCGUCUAGACUGCUUCUUCUGCGGCACGGGAGACAUGUUUGCCGCAAUGAGUGUCGCACGGCUACGCGAGGCCGUAUUUGUAGCUGACGCGGACGCUGAGGCUGAUGCGAAAGCUGGCGGUAGCACAAACCCCGCGAGUAGAACCACCACUGCUUCUACCAGUAGUAGUAAUCUGGAACAACCAGUAGCACCGCCCCAGCUCCGAUCCGCAUCCUCUCCCCCAUCCUUCCCCCUCCUCCGCAACACGCCAUCCUGGCAAUCUCCCGACUUCGUCCCCGCCAACCAACUGCCCCUCGCCCAGUCCACCGUCAAGGUCCUCGCAAGCAUGCACUGCAUUCUCGAGAAGACCAUGGAGGCGAGGAGUGCCGAGUUGGCACGUUACCCGUCCGACGACGACGAGGUGACUCGUUUGCAAGAUGCAGUUGAGUUUGCGGGGCUGUCGGAAGCGGAGCGGCGGGAGGCACGGGAGAAAAGGGCGUAUCUUCGUCAGACCAAGGCGGCGGAGAUACAACUUGUGAGAAAUGCGGAGUUGCUGAAGAAGCCUAGGGGAGUAGAGUUUGUGGCGGAGGAAUGGAAGGUGUGAUGUUAGCAACCGGGUUGGGGAGGGUGGUUGGAUAAGGAUGUAUAUAUAUAGAUUCCGUGGGAGGUUUGGUUUAUUUCGCUAUAUUUUUGGAUUUACUCGUUUCUGGUGAGCUAGAUGUGCACCAGGGUAGGCGGCGGUGUGGAUUGAGAGUGAUAGUUGCAUGGAUAUAUGCCCUCGUUUUUGGAUUUUAAGCUAUAUCAUAGACUCGGGUUGAAUAUAUCUAUUUUUAUUUAGAAAAAUAUCAAGAGAAAAGAAAUUACUCCUCACCCAUGAAUAUUUGGCUUGCAACUAACUGGCUUAAAUAGGCUGGUUUGACUCAUCCUUACCAUCAAAUAAAAGUUCAACAAUAUUUGGUUUCCUGUAUGGGAACGUCAGAUAUCCAAGCCCACGAACAUUCACAUUCAGUCAUCCUUCCAUUCAUUCGUUUCAUCUUCCGAAAGUAAAC